AUGAAGAAUGUCGUUCUGUUUUUCGCACUCCUCGCUGGUGGCGCGCUGCUCACAAAGCCUACUCUUGCCUCGGCUUUUGGGACAUUGACGGCGCUGGCGCCUGGCUUGUCCAUGGAUGAGGACAGCACUGUUGUGAGACAGCUGAGAGACGACGUGCCCAAGUCUGAAGACAUGGAAGAGCAAAGGGGCUUAUUCGGGAAAAUGUGGGGUCGUCCGUCGUCAUCCAGUCAACUUGUGGAAAAGUUUGAUGACCUCGCACAGCAUUCGUCGCUUUACGAUGCAUUCGAAGCGCUGCAUCUCAACGGAAUGACUCUCGUGGAUCAGCAUGAUCGUAACAUCGCGCAAAUCGAAGCGUAUCUCCUGUCAAACGAAUUUAGCAGGUUUGUCCGCUAUAUCGCGUCGGGUGGUCAUUUUCAUGACCGCGUAUAUGAAAUGCUCUACCAUUACUUCCACACGAAAUACGCGGCGCUCAUCAUCGAAUAUGCGACGAUGUCGGAAAACCUUGAAGUGCGAUUGAUAGGCAAGGAUCUGGAGUCUAUUCAGUAUGCGAAUUGGUACAUGGGCUCAUAUGAGCCCAAUGACGUUCGUACCAUGAUGACACGUAACCUUGCCGGACACUCGCCACCCUACGUCCUUGGUGACAACGAAAGGACGGAGGCGAUGUUGGUCCAUGUCAUCGAGAAGUAUCGUAUAUUUUGCGAUGAGCUCUCAGGUAAAGGCGCGACACUUGAAAGUACUCUUGCGAAGAAGAUGUCAGCUUUACCUAAGUACAAAUCCGCCCUCUUCAAGAAUGCGAAGGAGAAAAUAUAG